AAGAAGAAGAAGAAGAAGAAGCGGUUAGCUGACUCAGCUAGUCCGUUAGCAGCAGGUAGAAAGCAGCGAUAUUUUCUGCCGGAGAACAUAAAUAACAUAUUAUAUAUAUGUAUAUAUAAAAGGAUUAUCGUCAAGAUUGGACUAUUGGGACGUUGUAAAGCUGUGUUAUUUAAAGAUAAGGUAAUAACAACAGGAUGAAGGGGUUAUACUGCCGAGCUGCUGGGACCGACGCUGAGCCCGGGUUCGUCAUCCAGCACACGAGUCUUCCAGAGGUUUUAGGCAGCCACCUGGUCCGAGUUCAGGUGAAGGCGUGUGGACUCAGCCCGCUGGACUUCAAGCUGCUCGACGACCUGGGGAUCCAGAGAGAUCUACUUCCUGUUGGCAGAGAGGUGGCUGGGGUCGUCCUGCAAGUGGGCGACAAGGUCUCGUUCUUCCAGCCGGAGGACGAGGUCGUAGGCAUCCUGCCCCUGGACUCUCCCUGCUCUGGACUCUGUGAUGUCGUUGAAGUAGAUGAACACUAUUUAGUCCAGAAGCCAGAGAAGCUGAGCUCGGUGUGUGUUGCAGGAGCGCUGCGAGACGGCCUGCGCGCACACACCGCGCUACACACACACGCUCGCAUGGCAGCCGGACACACACUCCUGGUGAUGGACGGAGCCAGCUCUUUCGGCCUCAUGUGCAUCCAGCUGGCUUGUUACCACGGCGUCAAGGUGUUGACGACGUCGCACUCGCCCCAAAAACACGCGUUCCUGGAGCAGCUCCGGCCCAGCGUGGGUGUCCAGGAUCCUUUAGUAGUUAAGGUUAUUCCGGUUUAUGACGGCUCAUCAGACCUGCUGCCGGUGGUUCUGGAGGAGACCGGAGGACUGGGAGUGGACAUAGUCGUAGACUCUGGAGUACGUCUGUGCGAGGAAGAGUCAGAGAAGACGAAGCUCCUCCCACACAAACAUGACAUCAUCAGCGUGCUGGGCGUUGGGGGUCACUGGGUCACGUCCCACAAAGACCUGCAGCUGGAUCCUCCAGAUUGCAGGUUCCUGUACUUAAAGUCGGCCUCCAUGACGUUCCUGAACCAUGAGGUGUGGACGGCGUCCUCAGCUCAGCAGGGACGAUACCUGCAUAUUCUGAAGGACAUCGUGGAGAAGAUGUCAGCCGGCGUUCUCAGACCUCAGCCUGAAGACGCGGUCCCUCUCUAUGAAGCCACGGUUACCAUGGAGACCAUCCAGCGUCACCAGAAGAAGAAGGCCGUUGUUCAGCUCUGACCCGGCCCUGGAAACGGCCCCAGCAUGCAUCACUACAGGCAGGCAACAUGAACCUGGUCCCCGUCUGGACCAGCACGGAGACUAACACACUCACCCUAACACCUGGAGGGUCUGAGUCUCCGGUUCACUUCCCCCCCGCUGGGCUCCGAGCUGCAGGACGGAUCCAUUUUCUUCUGGUUGUAACCAGGGAGCCAAACACAGACACCUUAGACCACAUUCUGAACACGCAGGACUUCAGGUGGAUCACAUUAAAGACCGUCUGCUCAUUAACUCAUUAGUCUGUAUUUCUUUGGGAAUCAUCAACAACACUUCAUUUGACUCAGUGACUACACAUGUUACCAAAAAAAAAAAAAGAUGACUGCAAUUCUUGCUUUUGGUGUCAACUCUUGCAAAGUUUUACGUUUUGCUCAUCAUAACAAACAAUUAUAAACAGGAAGUGAAACUAGAGUGGCUGUUAUAAAGCAUGUUGUGUAAUGUUGCGCUUUUUGUCUUCUGUACUUUGUAAUUAUUUGAAUCUGAAACAAAUUCAAUUCCUAAAUGGACACGAUCCAGAACUGCAUCCAGAGCUCUAGCUCCCCCAGUAAGAGCGGGGUUGGGAUCCGACCUGCGGCCCUUUACUUGGUGUCACCCCCCCCCCCCAUCUCUCUCACCCCUUUCCUGUCUAUUCACUGUCACUCUGAAUUAAAAAGGGAAAAAAGC